GCUCUCGUUUCCUAUCAGGUGUUCAAUUACCCAAUGGCAGCUUUGGUAGGGACGCUCUUGAGGGGGAGUGCGGGCGAGCUAGGAGGGUAGAAGUGGAAAAAGAAGAAGAAGUGGAGAGCACUCCUGCCGAGCCAGUAGGUUACGGAGAAGACUGAAGCUGCCUGGAUGCCAGCCAGCAGGACCAAGGUCCACGCGGGACCCCCUCCUGCAUUCCUGACGGCCGAAGAGACGGACAGCGAUGGAGGUUCCUCUGGUUAACUUCGAAAACGUGGACGAUGUGGGCAUCAACUUGGGCGACCCCAGCGACUCGGGCUACCCGACGUCGCCCACGUCGGAGGCCCAGGAUCCCGAGCCCUCACCCCGCCGCCUGCCGUCCCCGCGUCUGUCCCCUCGCUGGUCCCGCCGCGAGGGUCCGUCCCCUUCCACGCCAUCCAAAGCCACUUCCAGUAGCUGCAGCCUGAUCUCCAAUCUAAAGCUCCUGGUGAGCGGCGAGUCGGGUUCUGAAGGCGUCUUCAGCAGGAUGCCGAGGGACUGCUACGACAAUGAGGACUUGUUCGAGAAGAUCGGCGUGGAGGACCGAGACCAGAAGGUGGUCAUCAAUGUCUCGGGGCUGAUGUUCGAGACGCAGCUGAGCACGCUCAACCGGUUCCCGGAGACUCUACUGGGCGACCCCGUCAAACGAAUGCGCCACUUCGACCCCAUGAAGAACGAGUAUUUCUUCGACCGUAACCGCCCUUCUUUCGACGGCGUCCUGUACUUUUACCAAUCUGGCGGGAGGGUCCGCAGGCCAGCCAACGUCCCAUUAGAUGUCUUCGCCAGUGAGAUCGUCUUCUAUCAGCUGGGCCAUGAGGCCAUGGAGCAGUUCCGUGAAGACGAAGGGUUCAUCAAAGAGCCCGAGGUCCUGUUGCCCACCAACGAGCUCCAGAGACAGUUCUGGCUCCUGUUCGAGUAUCCUGAGAGCUCCAGUGCUGCCAAAUCCGUUGCUCUCGUCUCGGUGUUUGUCAUCGUCAUCUCCAUCUUUAUCUUUUGUCUGGAAACGCUACCAGAGUUCAGGGAGGGUAGCGAUUUCACUCCCGAUGCGGCUCAUGUUGUUAACGGGACCAGCGAAGGUUCAAGUCCUCACCCUGCCCCCAAAGACAUCCUAGCCUACCUUACGGACCCUUUCUUUAUCGUAGAAACCAUUUGCAUAAUCUGGUUCUGCUUUGAGGCAGGCGUUCGCUUUGCCGUGUGUCCCAGUAAGAGCGACUUCUUCAACAACAUCAUGAACAUCAUCGACAUCGUGUCCAUCAUCCCAUACUUCGUCACGCUGGGCACGGAGCUGGCAACCACUCCCGACGAUGAUACCAACUCCAGCCAAAACAUGUCGCUCGCCAUCCUGAGGAUCAUCCGCCUGGUGAGAGUGUUCCGCAUCUUCAAGCUGUCGCGCCACUCCAAGGGGCUCCAGAUCCUGGGGCAGACCCUGAAGGCCAGCAUGCGAGAGCUGGGCCUGCUUAUCUUCUUCCUCUUCAUCGGCGUCAUCCUCUUCUCUAGCGCCAUCUUCUUCGCCGAAGUCGACGAGCCCCAGACGCAGUUCGUCAGCAUCCCGGACGGAUUCUGGUGGGCGGUGGUCACCAUGACCACGGUGGGCUACGGAGACAUGUGCCCCAGCACCAUAGGCGGCAAGAUGGUGGGAACCCUGUGCGCCAUCGCCGGCGUGCUGACCAUCGCGCUGCCCGUGCCCGUCAUCGUGUCCAACUUCAACUACUUCUACCACCGCGAGACCGAGCAGGAGGAGAAGCGGAUGAUCGACGCCGCCACCGAGGCGCAGAAGAGCACGCUGGCCGACAAGUACGGCAGCGCGGCGUCGCUCGACAAAAGCACCUGGAGCGUCGAGAAGAACGGCUACAACUCGUAAAGCAACAUUUUCCUCCAAUCAUUUUUGUACUGCUGCAGCAUGAUGACACUUUGAAGCCUUUACCUAAGUUGUCUUCUUUUGGACAAAGUGAAAUAUGCACAAGUCAGCACAAGAGGGACCAUUUUAACAAAUGUAAAUUCCAUCUGUUCAUUUGACAAAUUGCUGGGCUACUAGCGCAGAAUUGGGGACAAGCCCUACCGUGAAUAAUGAAACCCACAAUUGACGCCCCCCUAAAAAAAAUUUUUUUUGUCAUUCCAGAAUUGGAGGAAAAUUUUGGCAACAGCGUUUUUGAAAAUCAGACCCUUAUUUUAUCUUUUUUUUUUUUUGCUAUUUUUUUUAAAGGAAAAAAUAAAAUAAACCAUCAAAUAAUUUCUUUUGUCCAGCCCAACCAUGAACAGUACACAUUGUAGACGAUUUUUAUUUAUCGUAUCAUAUAUUUUGCUUUGUGUACCACAACAGAUACCCAAUUCCCUGAAAAACAUAUAUUUAGAAAAAAUAUUGCUGAAUCAAUCAUUUAUCCUUUACAAUUACAUAAGGAAAGUAAACGUUUAUUUGAAUUAGACUGAGCAUUUAGCUUGAUGAUGUAAUUUCUGCUCAGUCAUGUAGCUCACUUUUUUUUCUUUUUUUUUUUCCUCUAGAUGGCUAAAAAAGGUUUUCGUAGCAGGGUUGCCUAUAUGUUGAGAGACAACUUCAGAGCAUAAUUACUUCUAUAGUAUAUAAAAUGUCUGUGACAAAAUUAAACGUUUUAACAAUCACAAGGAAGACAUUGACAAAAUCCUAACAAAACAAAACAAAAAAAAGCUGAUUUAAAACUUGGACAAAAAAUGUCCUCCAAUUCUAGAUUGACCAUUAGUCCAACUAUUAGAUAACGAAAAAAAUAAAGAUUUACAAUGCAAAUGAUGCAUCUAUUUGAAAUCAUUGUGAACAGUUGUAGUAUUGUAAAUGUUAUUCUCUUUGUAUAGGCAUAAUGUUCAGUCAUAGGGGUGUACCUAAUGAAGUGACCCGUGUCCUCUCCAGCCUGUCCUUGUGACGACCUCCCAAACAGUCCCCUCCUCCAUUACUAAAACAACAACCAAAAAAAUCAUUAGUCGCAUGUGAAGCUUCACCUUAUCGUAUUCAGCUAAAUCUACGAGAGGCUUUCAAGGAUGCUGGGACAUGUCCACGCUGUGCGAGACAUCUUCAAUUGUUGUUGUAAAAUGAUAUAUGAAAUCCUGUAUACUUUGCAAGUUUUAGUAAAAUAUCAAUCAAAUGCUAAUGGGACAAAAAAACAAAAAUAUGCAUCGACAUUUGAUGUUUUCUUGCCAAUUGAGCAUAAUUACGCAAUAUAAAAUUUUUAAAGUACAAUUUGAAGAGCUUGUCGAACGAUUGCGCUGAAUGUUAAUCUCCACAUACGCACUUUGUGAGGCUCAGGAAAGCACAUUUAUCAUCACCGUGUGACAUACUGUAAGAUUUAUACUUUGGAUAAAAGGAAGGUGGGUGGGUGGGCAGAGGGGGGGCAGAACACAAUUCACUUUGCACACUUUAAACGAAAUAAACAAUGUAUUAUUUAUAUAGCAUGGCAUGCAGAAAUGAGGCUACUACUAAGGUUUGACAUAACGAAUGUAGCUAAUUAUAAACAUUUUAAUGGUCUAGUGAUAAUCAAAUGAGACUGUUAGACAUGCAUGCCGCAUUUUAAUCAUGAUAAUGUGACUCCAUGACACGUAUAAAUAGAGUUUAUAUAGCAACGGCCAUGAAUGUAAUCUUGCAAUAAAUGUACUGUAUGCAAUAAUGUUGAUGUGGGCAUAGGGGAACCCUGUUUGACCCCAGGAACACAGCAAUAAUUAAAUGGGAGGCAAUAAGAUGUAAAGGCUGCAUCAUUUAGUGACUUGGCUACUCAGCACUUUAUGCUUAGAAGAAGCACUUAUUCUUGCCGAGUACACUUGACCCACUGACAGCUAGAGCGGGCUAACUCCACGUUUGUCAUUUUGCAAGCGAGUGCAAAAAAAACGUUUUUGCACCGAUGAACCAGCAGAAGUGCAAGAAUUGGAACUAAACCUUGAUUUAGACCAGGAUUCAUUUGAAAGAUAUGCCUUUUCUCUAUGCAUUUAUGCACGGAACUUCCAAAUGACAACAACAACAGCAACAAAAAAAUGGAGUUUUAGCUCUCAGUUAUAAUGAAUGAAUGAGUGAGUGACGUUUUAUUUAUUCUGUAAGUAGUGCCUUCCAUUAAACAUGUAUGCUAUUAACUGUCUGGAGUCAACCGCUCAUUAUUUGGGUGAUAACUAAUAUGUUAAAACAAGGGCAAGCAGCUCACAGUCCACUCCACUGUCUAUUAUAGAUUUUUUUUCAUAUAAAUCUAUCAAUAUUUGUAUUUGUAAUUGUAAUAUAAAUAUAUAAAUAUAUCAAUAUUUAUAUUAUAUAUAUAUAUACAUAUAUAUAUAUAAUAUAAAUAUUGAUAUAUUUAUAUGACAACAAAAUGUCU